AUGCUGGACAAGAGAAGGGGGACAAGACCAACGGAUAAGCAGAAGCACAUGCAGAUCUUCGUAAAGACACUCACCGGCAAGACCAUCACGCUCGAGGUCGAGUCGAGCGACACCAUCGACAAUGUCAAGAGCAAGAUCCAGGACAAGGAGGGAAUUCCCCCGGACCAGCAGCGUUUGAUCUUUGCUGGAAAGCAGCUUGAAGAUGGCCGCACCCUGUCCGACUACAACAUCCAGAAGGAGUCCACUCUCCACUUGGUCCUCCGUCUCCGUGGUGGUAUCAUUGAGCCAUCGCUCAAGGCCCUUGCCUCCAAGUACAACUGCGACAAGAUGAUUUGCCGAAAGUGCUACGCCCGCCUGCCUCCUCGUGCCACCAACUGCCGCAAGAAGAAGUGCGGUCACACCAACCAGCUCCGCCCAAAGAAGAAGUUGAAGUAG